AUCCCCAAUGGCUUCGUUCCCCGAGUCGGAUUUCCAGAUCUGCCCGCUGUGCAAGGAGAUGUGCGGCUCGCCGGCUCCGGUCUCGUCCAAUUCGUCCACCUCGUCGUCGUCCUCGCAGACUUCCACCUCGUCUGGAGGAGGAGGGGGUGGUGGUGGAGGAGGAGGAGGGGGUGGAGGAGGCGGCGGCGGCGGGGGGUCUUCGUCGUCCUCCUCGUGCGCCCCGUCGAGGCGCCUGCACGUCCUGCCCUGCCUGCACGCCUUCUGCCGCCAGUGCCUGGAGGCGCAGCGCCACCCUGCCGCGGGGGACUCUCUCAAGCUGCGCUGCCCCAUCUGCGACCAGAAGGUGGUGAUCUCGGAGCCGUCGGGCAUGGACGCGCUGCCCUCUUCCAACUUCCUCCUCAGCAACCUGCUCGACGUGGUCGUCGUGGCGGCCGCCGCCGAGGACCAGAAGAACAACGGGCGCCCCGGCGGACCCGGCGUAGGGAGCAACAGCAGCACCAACAACCGGCACCACCACCACCCUCGACUGCAGCCGGCACCUCAGCAGCAGCAGCAGCAGCAACACCGCGCCUCAGCCGGCGGCGGCUCGUCGCCGGGCUCCGUAGCCGGCUCGGCGUCGUCUGGGGGCGGCGGCGGCGGCUCGUCGCUGCUGCUCCGACGGCCGCACAGCCGGCAGGGCGAGCCUCGCUGCAGCUCGUGCGACGAAGGCAACGCCGCCAGCUCGCGCUGCCUCGACUGCCAGGAGCACCUGUGCGACAACUGCGUGCGCGCCCACCAGCGCGUCCGCCUCACCAAGGACCACUUCAUCGAGCGCUUCGGCCCGGGCCCGCCCGCCUCCACCGGCGCUGGGCCCGCCUCGGCGGCCGCGCAGCUCGCCCUCAGCCAGCCCUACUCCGCCGCGCCUUACACCAUCCUCUCCUCCGUCUUCUCCGACCGGGUCAACUACUGCCAGCACCACGACGACGAGGUGCUGCACUUCUACUGUGACACUUGCUCUGUCCCCAUCUGCCGGGAAUGCAGCAUGGGACGUCAUGUGGGCCACAGUUUUAUCUACCUCCAAGAUGCUCUGCAGGACUCCAGAACUCUUACCAUCCAGCUACUAGCCGAUGCUCAACAGGGUCGCCAGGCCAUUCAGCUCAGCAUUGAGCAGGCCCAAGCUGUAGCAGAACAAGUUGAGAUGAAGGCAAAAAUGGUACAAUCUGAAGUGAAAGCAGUGACAUCUAGACACAAGAAGGCCCUAGAAGAAAGGGAGUGUGAGCUGCUAUGGAAGGUGGAGAAAAUCCGCCAAGUGAAAGCCAAGUCCCUCUACCUGCAGGUUGAGAAACUGCGCCAGAAUCUAAACAAGUUGGACAACACCAUCAGCGCAGUGCAGCAGGUCCUUGAGGAAGGUCGGAGCAUGGAUAUCCUCCUGGCUCGUGACCGGAUGCUUGCUCAGGUGCAGGAGCUGAAGAACGUCCGAGGCUUCCUGCAGCCCCAAGAGGACGACAGGGUCAUGUUCACUCCUCCUGAUCAGGCAUUGUAUAUGGCCAUCAAGUCUAUGGGGUUUGUCAGCAGCGGGGCCUUCGCUCCUCUGACCAAAGCCACUGGAGAAGGUCUCAAGCGGGCACUGCAGGGCAAAGUGGCCUCUUUCACAGUGAUCGGCUAUGACCACGACGGGGAGACGCGUCUUUCUGGGGGAGACAUGAUCUCUGCCGUGGUCAUGGGGCCCGAUGGAAAUCUCUUUGGGGCAGAUAUUAGUGACCAGCAGAACGGAACCUAUAUCGUCAAUUACAGGCCGCAGAUGGAAGGGGAGCACCUGAUUUCGGUCAUGAUGUGCAACCAGCACAUAGAAAAUAGCCCGUUCAAAGUCACCGUCAAGUCAGGGCGCAGCUAUGUUGGCAUUGGGCUUCCGGGGCUCUGUUUUGCCAGCGAGGGGGAUAGCGAAGGCAAGCUGUGCCGCCCCUGGGGCGUUAGUGUAGAUAAGGAAGGCUACAUCAUCGUCGCCGACCGCAGCAACAACCGCAUCCAGGUCUUUAAGCCUUGCGGCGCCUUCCACCACAAGUUUGGCACCUUGGGCUCCAGGCCCGGCCAGUUUGACAGGCCUGCCGGCGUGGCCUCCGACUCCUCACGGCGGAUUGUCGUGGCCGACAAGGACAAUCAUCGCAUCCAGAUCUUCACCUUUGACGGCCAGUUCAUUCUGAAGUUCGGGGAGAAAGGAACCAAGAACGGGCAGUUCAAUUACCCGUGGGAUGUGGCGGUGAACUCCGAGGGCAAAAUCCUGGUGUCCGACACGAGGAACCAUCGGGUUCAGCUCUUUGGGCCUGACGGAGUGUUCCUGAACAAGUACGGUUUUGAAGGGGCACUCUGGAAGCACUUUGAUUCCCCGAGAGGAGUGACGUUCAAUCACGAAGGCCACCUGGUCGUGACGGAUUUCAACAAUCACCGUCUCCUGGUCAUACACCCCGACUGUCAGUCGGCCCGCUUCCUUGGCUCCGAAGGCACAAGCAACGGCCAGUUUCUGCGCCCGCAAGGUGUGGCCGUGGACCAGGAAGGCCGAAUCAUUGUGGCAGAUUCCAGGAACCACCGCGUGCAGAUAUUUGAGCCGAAUGGCAGCUUUUUAUGCAAAUUUGGCACUCAGGGAAGUGGCUUUGGUCAGAUGGACCGUCCUUCAGGUAUAACAGUCACCCCAGAUGGCAUGAUUGUUGUGGUUGACUUUGGAAACAAUCGCAUACUCGUCUUCUGAUCUGUCUUUAAUCUAUACUUACGAAGAAAACUGUCUCAGGGAAAAUCCUUUUAAGAAAACACACAAACACACACACACACACAAAUUGCAACGUUAGUUUCAAACCUACCUCAUCUUUAAUUUUUUUUAUAGAUGAAUGUACUUUUAUCUACCUCAUUAUAUUUGUGUUCCUUUUACCUCCACAGUAUACACAGUACAGCAUAAAAUUAAACUACUACUUCUCUCCCCACCAACCCCCCGGAUGUGGGGGCAUUCAUGGUUUCGUGCACGCUAGCUGGUUUGGGCAGCAAAUCCUGUAGACUCUGCCAAAAAGGCACACACUCUCAUCUUUAAAAAGAAGAAAGAAAAUCGGUAGUUUUUAGGUAUUUUUAAUUUUGUUGUUCUGACCAUACUGUGGGGAGUUGUUUUGUUUUAUGGCGGCGGUGAAGGGGUCCUGUUUUUAGAUGCUGCUGCAGCAGAGAACUUGUUCCUUGUUCUCGUUUAUUUUCUUUUUAAUACCUCAGUGCAUUUGACAUACUGUUCAGCGUUAAAAGAGUUGUCGUUUCCAAAAGGCUUUGGCCUUUUUUUUGCAAGUGGGAUGGGGUUCCCUGGGCCAGGGGGGGAAGCCCAGGUUCUUCUUCAUUGGUAUUCGCUGUUUUGCAUAUAUUAUUAUUUUUUUGUAAAAGAAAAAUGCAGUAACCCCACAACACAAAAGGAAGCUGCUUAGGAAAAUGCACAAGGCGUUAUGAAUAUGUUUAGCUUCUCUUUAUUUGGUGGCUUUGGACACAGGUCCAAAGAGGCAUGUGGUAAAUGUCCUCCCUGUAUGUUGAACCUCUGGAAGCAGCCUUCCUUUCCCUCCUCACUGCUGGGCAAGCUGCUCUCCAAACUUGGAAACGUUUAGAAGUUUUACCUCCAAGGCAGCAUGAGGAGGUGCUGCCUGGGUGUGCGGGUGAUUGUGGGGGGGGGGGGGGAAGCCUCGAGGGAAAGUGGCUUCUGUCAAAAUCUCUGGAUCGUAGCUUUGGUGCCACUUAUUCUCGAAAGGGGCGCGAGGACUUCCUUUUGACCGUGUGUUUCUCUCAUAGCCUUUCUCCCCCCCCCUCCCCAGUUCUUUAUAAAAAUAUAUAUUUUUGUCUGUGCGCUCUGUUUCUCUCUCUCUAGAUAGAGACAUAGCUCUCUGUUACAAUACACAUGGAAAGGCAAUGAGCUUGGGCCGAAUGUUGUGUUUUGAAGGCAUGCGCUGGAAGAAUUUACUUUUUAGAAACCAAGCCUAGUUCGUGCCUCUAGACAUUUAUAAUUGUUCAGAUAUAAGCAACGGAACUUUGGAGAUUCAGGGUGUUUCAGUCGCACCUGGGUGGAGGAAGAGAGACUGUAGUAACGAAAUCUGAGCUUUUCAUAAAGCUCCCCUUCUUGGAAAUUCAUCUUGCCAGGACUCCCAUGUAGCACCCUCUCUCAGGGACAAGAUAGUGUACAGAAAGAGAACCACCCUAAAACCUACCUCAUUUGUUCCAGCGCCAAAGAAUGCCAUGUGAAAUGGGGUGCAGUAUCUUAAACCAAAACUACGAGUUCCUUGAAAUUAAUCAGCCACAGAAUUUAGCACUGAGAGAGGUGAGAUUCUUAGACUUCUCCAAUAAGCUCCAGAUUUUAGGUUUAGUACCGAACCAUAGGAAUGCAAUUCCUCCAUGUUGUCCUGUUAAAUUUUCCAGUUCUCGCCUUAACACUGUACAUUCCUCUAUACAGAUAUUUGGGAGCAAGCCUCAUUGGCCACCAUGGGGCUUACUCUUGAGCAAGUGUGUGGUGGGAUUGUAGCUAUUCCCUUUGCUAAGGUUAUCUCAGGAGACAUAUCUGUCCUGUUUCGUUUGUGUCUCAACUAGAAUCCUAGUUGGAAAUCCAAAAUAUUAAUAAGGUGGAUGUUUCCAGCAUAGAGAUGAGACUUUGUAGUUUUUUUUAUAUCUAUCUUUCAUUAUUACUGAGGAAGAAAUAAGCUGUACUGAUGUCACAUGAAGGCUGAAAUGUGGUCCAGUUAAUGUAUACGAAUGCUCUACCAUAUGCCCAUUAUUGGCAAUUUUUUAAAAAAAAAUUCUAGGGAUUUCAGUACUAACAAAGAUGUUGUGAGUUGCACUUUGCGUAUUUUCUUAGAAACUAACUUUUAGAAACAGGAAGCUUGAGUUUUGUCUUUCCAUUGAACCGUAGCCCACAAAAUGCAGAAAACUUGCUUCCCUUCCCCCAGCAAAUUUGGAUGGUCCAGGAAAAAUAUAGAAUUGGUGAGUGUCUGAACUCUAAUGUUUCUAAUAGGUUUAAUCAGGUUAGUUCGAAACAUUGCCUUUCCUUUUAGCCAAUACCAGCAUCUCUGAAGAGAGUGCAUCAAAGCCUGUUAGGAUACUGGGUUGUUUUUCCAAAAAAGAGCUGCGAUAGUUUAAAGUGGGAAACUGUUCUCUACAGUCACUGAGAACCAUUGCAUCCUUGGCAGUGAAAUUCACUUUGGUUCUCAUUUCCUCCCCUCCUCGUUUGUAGUGGGCCUGAUGUUGUGACGUCUGAGGAUGUCCACACACUACAUAGCUGGUUAGUUGCAAAGCAUAGUUUAGUGGAGACGGGGGCAUGGACUAAGCAAUCUGUCAGUGGCACUGUAACCACAACUGUACAUUUUGUGCCACCUCUUCAAGAAUCCCUUGCAUCAUGCUUGGAAGGUUUUCUGCCCCCUCUGUGUACACCAAAAGACCAUGUUUUCAUCUGGAAAAGGGUAAUCUGUGUGCUUUUAAUAGAAGACUUGCCAUUUAACUGCUCAUCACAUUACGUCAGAAAUUGUUGUCUAAAUUGGAGGUGUGUUGGUUCCAUGCAGUGUCGCUGGAGAUUUCAAGCUUGAUUUCGUGCUUCACAUGAGGCUGGCGUAUGACGUUCAAAGGCAUUGCAGAUUAGAGCAUUUUACUUGGGACUCAAGUUGAGAAGUAAGGUUAGCCUGAUCUAGCUACCAAAGAUAACUGGUUAAAAAGCUUUAAUUUUAGAGUUGGCAGAAUCCCGUGUGUGUGUGUCUGUAAGGCAAGUGUUUGUCUUCCUUCUGUUGAUGUUACCCUAUUUGCUUUUGGAUGGGUUUCUCUUAAAAUAAGCUACUCUUUUGUUGAGUAAAAGUUCUCUGUGCUGUGCCAUCCCAUUUUGCUGUGUAAAACUGUUAGGUAGCGGAAUAGUGUUUUGAGCUUUGUGACUUUUGUAUGUUAUUUGCUGCACAAGCUUGGAGAAGCCAGAAAUCUCUUUACUUGUAGGAAAGAAAUGGUGUGUCGUUCUUCCAUAAAUACACUACUUCUACUGGUGGAUCGAGAUAUCCGCAGUUUGGCACAAAGAAAACCGGGGUGGGGUGGGGGGAGGCAUCUGAUAAACACGUUCAGCUUGCAUAUCUAAAUGUUUUAUUUUUAAAAUGCUGCUGUUUGGCUACCCUGAGUGACUCCUGUCAGUAACUGCAGUUGGUGUAGUGCUAAGCACAUGUUACCUCACCUAAAGUAUUAGUGUACUUCUGACAUAGGAGUGUUUAUAACGCUAUGAAGCUAAGUAGUGUAAUAAUACAGGAAACAUUUAAUGCCAACAUAAAAUGCCCCUUAGGGGUUUGGGUUUUUAUUGGGUAUAUAAGUGACAGGAUUUAAACUCCAUCUGUUUGCAUGUUCAUGGGCUUUAUACAGCAAUCCAGACACAGGACUCAAGUACAAAGCAGGGCUACCAAAAAGUGCGUAAGCUACAAGCUACAAACAUGUGCUUUGUAUAAGUCUUCUGAGCUAAUAAACCUGGUUUAGGCAAAAUAUGUUUUUUAAAUGCUUUCUAAAUUUUGUGCACUAAACACUUGAAUUUGAGCUGUUAUAAAUUGCAACUCCCCCCCCCGUCCCAUUUGAUGCAUUCUCCAUCAAAUUAUCGCUACGCUCCUGAUUAAGCUUUAUGAAUCAAAUCCUCUGCCAAAUAGUCUUUUUAGUUGAUGCUGAAAGCCCAGUAGGAAGUCAUGGUGCGGAGCAGCAGUACUUCAGGUGGCAAACUUUGGUACCCUUAAGUAUAACUUAUUUGGGGAAACCAUCAAAGGAAUACUAUAAGUGGAGGUUGCCAUGGAGACCUAAAAUAUAUUAAAAAUAUGUUCUCCCUAAACCUAAUGAGAUCUGGGAUCAAGGGGGACAUUUCCUUAUGGCAUUGCAAGAGAUUGGUGUGGCCUGUUUUAGUUAGUUAAGCCAAUAUUAAUUUAUUAAAGAGGAGAGGUCUGCUUGAUUUUAGCCAUAUCUCAAGAUUUCUUUUGAAGAUCAGGAGAUUCCUAUGUUUAGUUCUGAUUUAAAUUAAGAAGUGCCAAAGCAUUUUUUGUGUGGAGUUGUGUUUUGUGUGUGUGUGUGUGUGUGGUUUGUUUUUUACAUAAAUAUAUCCAAAGGUGCCAAAAGGUAAUAGGGUAUUAAAAAGUAAGAAAAGAUGAUGUUUAGACAUACACACAGUUUGGACUGUGUAAAAAGUUAACACUGGUACUUGCGUUAGACAAACACUGUUUUUGGUCCUUGAGUCCUCAGGAAACCAGCAGAACCCAGUUUGCUGUGGUACUAGAUGCCUAAAAAAGUAGAAUUUAAAGUUCUACCUCACUUUGAUGAAAGAAGCACAGUAUCUACCUCAAAUUUAGCACCAGAAUGUCAUAGAAGAAAAUGGUUUUCCACCACGAGGAGAAAAGGGAUUGACCACAAAUAGCAUUAAAACCGGGUGGUACAACCCCCCACCCCACCCCGAUGGCCACACUUAAAAGUUAUAAGAGACACUUUGGAAAUCUCAGGCAAAAAACUGAUAACCCUUCGCCAUUAACUGGUCUUUAUAAGUCACAAUCCCUCCCCAUCUUUCAGUAUUAAGACACAGUGGACUGGUCAGUAAAUUGGGUCUUGCGUAGUUCUUGUGAUUACUGGUCUCUUUGCUAGAGGGAAAAACCCUGUUUGCUGAUAUCUACCGUGAGUUUGUUAGAAAACAAUCUUGUGGAGACCUGAUACGCCUGCCAGGAAAACUCUCAUUAUCCGUUGAGAAUGUAUGAAAGGAAGUAAUAUUCUCCUACAUUUCAAAAUGAUUAUAUGUGACAGGACAGGAAUGAGAUUGUGGGUUAUUCUGUUAAUUUUUGGAACAGGACAUUUUGGCAGUGUUACGAUGCUCACACCAAAGGUAGCUUAGACUGGACUGUCUCUUCCAUUGUUUUCCAUAUUUAACAGCAAAGCUAGAAUAGAAGCACACGAUGGAUUGCUGUGAUUGUAUCUCCUAAAUCUUUGCCUCUUCCUCUGUCUUUCUUAUAAGUGGGAUUGGAGAAAUGAGACUUGGAUAAUGACUCCAGUGGGUACAGACCACCACUAGAGAUCAUGCUAUGUUGACCUUGGUAAGAUUGGGAUGGUGUUGGUUCUCUUCUCCCCCUCCCCCCUUCCCCAUCAUUGUUUAACCAGUAAUGGUUCUUCAGGAAGAAUUUUUUUUAAUAAAGAAAGCUUUGUUGUACCUGCAUGGUCUUAGACCUCUUCAAUGAUUGUAUCAACGUACAAACUCAGGUUGCCUUUUAAUUUUGUUUGUAGCUCCUUUGUCAAGAGAGCUUUGGUGACUGAAUGUUAAGUGUAUGUAGUAGAAUAGAUGGCGUUCUUUAAGCCGCCAAACUAGAAAAAUUCUUUUGUAGCGUUACAGAAUAUUUCUCAAGUCUAUGUAGAUUCUUUCCCAGGGAGAGCUUCUUGGUUUUAGUCUCUUCCCCUUAUGACAUUUUUUAAAAAUAGUUAAUGUGCGCAAGGUCACCCAAGCUUGUGGGGGGGUGACUCUUCUUACUGUAUGUGAUAUUUUCUUGUAUUGUGCCUCACCUGUUGUGCAUCUAUUUAGAUGGUGGUACAUUUCUAAACAGUUAAGGCACUGGUCCUUGAUAAAAAAAAUAUUAAAGAGCAUGUCCAGUUUUUUUUCUAUGCCUGAACACAAAGUGGGUGGUCUAAGACCAAAGAGAAUGGGGGGGGGGACACACCCACCCACCCUCUGCAGACUAAAUUUUUCCAUUGGCUAUAUAGUACAGCUUGAUCUUUGUGAAUCAAAGUUGCUCAAUCAAGAAAUUUAAUUUUAGGACAGUCCUAUGAUCCCUUUAAAAGGCACCCCAGGGUCCGUAGGAUAGAGAUUUCACUCUCAGCUCGAGAAGGAGGCCUUACCUUUGAAUUGCAAACCCUCCUGUUGUGGGUGCAAAAACCACUGGUGCCAUUACAUACUGUGGUUGGCUUUGGAUACAUGGGAUUCAACACCCCCCUCCCCGAAUGAGAGCAGGGAAGUACACCAGUCCUAGAGCCGGUUGCUUUUUAGUAAAUCUCUGCUGUCCACUUCCAGGUAAGCAGCCUAGCUAAAGUCCCACAAUACAAAUAUGGGCAUUGUGUAUAGCUUGAUUUGGUCGAGACCAUUUUUUCCUUCCUUCAGCUGAAGCCCUGUAUCUUUUUAAGAUUCGGUCAGCUGGUGUUCUGAACUCCAAAGUUGCAGAGCACAGCAGAACAGGUGAGGCACAAGCUUUGUUUAAACGGGCUAAAAAAAUAAAGUUAGAACUUGCGUGUUUUUAAUGGAGGCUUCUGAAUGUAUCUUUGUGGUCCAUGGAGAAGGCUGAAGGAUGUAGCAAGGGGACAAUGUAUCAGCUACUGGCAGCCUUAAAACAAAGUCAUUCUCUCUCUGGACUUUAAAAUGUUUCUAUGCAGUUUAUUUUAUUUUUGUUUAAUCAAAUAAAUGUGAGUUUCACUUCAA